CGUUUAGUUCGUUUGACUCAGUUGUAGGUUAACAUCCGUUGUGUAAUUUAUUCUCGAAGUGUAUGAAAUAUAAAUUGUAAAGAUGAGUAUUGAUGCAGACGGAAGGAAAUAUACAUCACCAGAUGGUUCAAAAACUUGGGAAUAUUUGGCUAUUUUGACAUGUUCCAUUAUGAGUGGUUGCAUUGGAUUCGUCGUAGGAUGGAAUUCACCAAGUAUAGUAAUAUUAAUGUCCGAAGACUCGCCUAUUCCAGUCACAGCAUCAUCUAUUUCUACGUUGGUGGCAGUUGUGGCUGUUGGACAUAUGUUAGCGCCACCAAUUAAUAUUUUUAUCGUUGAUAAAUUUGGCAGAAAAAAUACUCUGUUGUUUAGUGCUUUACCGCUCUUAGUCAGUUGGAGUUUAAUUACUAUCGCAACGUCUAUUUGGGAACUAUAUGUGGCAAGAUUUCUGGCUGGAAUAACACUAGGAUUAUUUAUCUGUGUCGCUCCAAUAUACAUAGGUGAAAUAUCAUCACCAGAUACGCGAGGAGCUGGAGGUUCUCUGACGACUAUCAUCUAUAACAUCGGUAUUCUUGUAACCUUCAUAGUUGCACCGCAUCUUUCAUUAUCUGCAAUGGCAGGAGCUUUUCUGAUCAUUAACAUUGGGUUUGUAAUCAUAUUCUGGUUUAUGCCAGAAUCGCCGUACUUUUUCGUAAUGAGGAAUAGAAUAGACGAAGCGGAAGAAGUUUUGGAAAAACUACGGGGCAAAAGUGACAUUUCCGAAGAGCUUCAAACGAUCGUCGAUUCCCUUUCAAAAAUGGACAAGCAAUCAUCGAAAAGUGGAAAUUUGAAAGAUAUCUUUACGUCGAAAGCAAAUUUUCGUGCAUUUCUUAGUAUAAUGCUGUUUGCAGUGACGCAACAUUUUGGAGGUUUCUUUACGAUUCUGACGUAUGGUCAAUUGAUUUUUAAAUCAAUAAACAAUAUAAUGUCAGAUUAUGUCGUAAAUGUUGUAAUUGGUGUAGUACAACUUAUUUCUGCUCUUGUAACAACCCUGCUAGUCGACAAAUUUGGUCGCAAACCACUAAUACUUGCGUCAGGUGUCAGCGCUGCAAUUUGCAAUUUCGUGAUCGGUUUUUAUUUCUUUUCGAAAGAAUAUAUGCACGCAGAUGUGCUAUCGGUUUCAUGGAUUCCAUUUAUAUCAUCUCUUAUAUUAAUUUUCACUUUCAAUUGCGGCUUAUUAUGUUUACAGAUUAUUCUAAUGUCAGAAAUCUUUGCAACUGAGAUUAAAGCAAUAAGCACAUGUCUCGUCGGUGUAAUCGGCGGAUUGCUUGCUACAUUAGGAAGUAAACUUUAUAUAUGGAUAGCAAUAACUUUGAAUUACGGUCAUUCGCUUCCUUUUUUUGUGUAUUUUAUAAUCGUAGCAGUUUGUACAGCAAUUAUAUUGCAUGUUACCCCUGAGACAAAAGGUAAAACAUUCGCGGAAAUCCAAAUAGAGUUGAAAAAGUAAUUACCAUUAUAUUUUUUCAUUCGUUGUCUAGUAAGAACAUUGACGAUAACUUCCAAUGUGGAUGUUAAUAAAAUAAGUGAUUCACAGAAAAUGUAUUCACAGAAGAAAAUAAACACUUAAUAAUAAGGUA